ACACUUCGAAACGAAAGACCGGACGAGGUAAUGGCUCGAGGUGGUGCGUGGGCCUCGUCGGCGGCGGUGGUGCUGUGGUGGAUGGCGGCGGGCGCGGGGGCGGUGUGGCUGGAGAUCGCACCGUCGGGGACCAAGUGCGUGGCGGAGGAGAUCCGGUCCAACCUCGUCGUCAUCGGCGACUACUCCGUCCUCUACGAGCACCACCAGGUCCACCCCACCGUCUCCGUCAAGGUUACAUCCCCCUUUGGGGACACCGUACAUAAGAAAGAAAAGGUUUCUGUGGACCAGUUUGCAUUCACCACAUCAGAAGCAGGAAACUACUUAGCUUGCUUCACAGUUGACGGUGAUAAUAAAGGUUUAGUGGUGAAACUAAGUCUUGACUGGAAAAUCGGUAUUGCAGCAAAAGAUUGGGAUUCUGUUGCUAAAAAGGAAAAGCUUGAGGGAGUUGAACUUGAGUUAGUUAAGCUUGAUGCGACUGUCCAAGCCAUCCAUCAAAACCUGCUCUUACUGAGGACCAAAGAAUCCGAAAUGAGAGAUGUCAGUGAGAAGACGAAUGCUAGGAUCUCUUGGUUGAGCAUGAUGUCACUCAGUGUUUGCAUUUUAGUUUCAGUUUUGCAGUUGGCGCAUCUAAAACGGUACUUCCGAAAGAAGAAACUCAUCUGAAAUUAUAGUCCUCUGCAACGUAUGUAAAUGCUUUGUUCUGUAUGUAGUAACCACGAUGCAAGUUAUAAUAAUUUUUCUACAGCAUGUGAAACAAUCAUGUAAUCAAACUGAUAGUUUUUUCUCACCUAAUCCCGAGUUCGAAUAA